AUGCAAUGCUAUACAGAGCUUCUGCUCCCAUCAGGGGUGACUCACGCAACCUCUGCUCACUUUAUAUCAGCAAAUUCCAAUAAUCUCAUUGUAGCGAAGACUUCUUUGCUGCAGGUAUUUUCAUUGGUCAAUGUUACCUACGGCUCAGCACCUGCCGGUCAGCCGGACCAGAAAGGCCGGCAUGACCGUCUACAGCAUGCAAAGCUGGUCUUAGCAGCGGAAUAUGAGGUACCGGGUACCAUUACCGGCCUUGAGAGGGUCAGAAUUUCGAAUUCUAAAAGUGGCGGAGAUGCUAUCCUUGUUUCUAGCCGGAAUGCGAAGCUCAGCUUGAUAGAGUGGGAUCCACAGAAGCACGGGAUAACCACCAUCUCAAUCCAUUACUAUGAAGGGGAGGAGAGUCAUAUGAGCCCGUGGGUACCUGACCUGGGGAGCUGCUCCUCCAGUUUGACGGUGGACCCAAAUGGAAACUGUGCCAUCUUUAAUUUCGGAAUCCACAGUCUAGCAAUCCUACCCUUUCACCAAGCAGGAGAUGACCUCGUAAUGGAUGAUUAUGAUGCCAUACCAAAUGGCGACGACACCACAGAUGCCGUCAAUGAUGCUCAGAAACCUGCCCCUGGAAAUGCAGUACACGACAAACCAUAUGCGCCCUCAUUUGUGCUGCCUAUGACGGCACUAGAUCCAGCCUUGACUCAUCCAAUUCACAUGGAAUUUCUGCAUGAAUACAGGGAACCAACGUUCGGAAUCCUCUACUCCCAAGUUGCCAGGUCAAUGUCUUUAACCAUAGACCGGAAAGACAUUGUAUCGUAUUCCAUCUUCACCCUGGAUUUGCAGCAAAAAGCUUCUACCUCACUCCUUACGGUCUCACGUUUACCAAGUGAUAUAUUUAAAGUUGUACCGCUUCCUCCUCCAAUUGGCGGAGCGUUGUUAAUCGGAACCAAUGAGCUUGUGCACGUUGACCAAGCUGGUAAAACCAAUGCGGUGGGCGUCAAUGAGUUUGCCCGACAGGCUUCUGCAUUCUCAAUGGCUGACCAGUCAGACCUCGAAAUGAGACUUGAAGGCUGCAUGGUUGAGCAAUUAGGAAGCGGCGCUGGAGAUGUGUUACUCAUUCUAUCGGAUGGGAGGAUGGCAAUCUUAACAUUCAAAGUGGAUGGGAGAUCUGUUGCUGGGAUCUCACUCCAUUUCGUUGCAGAGCAGUCGGGUGGCUCAAUAAUCAAAUCAAGGCCCUCGUGUUCUGCCAGCCUUGGCCGGAAUAAAUUGUUCUAUGGAAGCGAAGAAGGGGAUUCUAUCCUUCUCGGCUGGUCAAAACAUUCCUCUGCAACCAAGAAACCCUCUAAAGCAGCGGGGGGAGGGAAUGAAGACGGAACCGCCAAUCUCUCUGACGAAGAGGAACAGGAUGAUGAUGACGACGAUAUGUAUGAAGACGACCUUUAUUCCGCAAACCCUACCACCACCCAGCAGGAAAAGCAAGUAGUGAAUGGAGAUGGCGCAGCCAAUUUCACGCUUCGAGCGCAUGAUAGACUAUGGAGCCUUGGCCCGUAUAGGGACAUCACACUUGGAAGACCACCCAAAUCGAAAUCUAAAGAUCGACAAGAUAGUGUACCUGAAAUAUCUGCUCCGCUUGAGCUAGUAGCAGCUCGAGGAUUUGGAAAAGCUGGCGGUCUCACAGUUCUCAAAAGAGAGAUAGACCCAUUUACCAUUGACUCUCUCAAAAUGGAUGAUGUGUACGGAGUGUGGUCUAUCCGUGUCAUAGAUCCAAAAUCUAAAGAUGCUGGGCUAUCCCGGAGCUAUGACAGAUACCUCCUUCUCGCAAAGGCGAAAGGUGAUGAUAAAGAGGAGUCAGUCGUAUACUCAGUUGGGAGCAGCGGCCUCGACUCAAUAGAUGCUCCAGAAUUUAACCCUAAUGAAGAUUGUACCAUCGACAUAGGAACCCUUGCCACCGGUUCAAGAGUUGUUCAGGUAUUAAGGACAGAAAUUCGGAGUUAUGACUGCAAUCUUGGAUUGGCCCAAAUAUACCCCGUGUGGGAUGAGGAUACAAGCGAAGAGCGUACUGUUAUCCAAGCAAGCUUCGCAGAGCCCUACCUGUUGACCAUUCGUGAUGACAAUUCUCUCCUAAUCCUACAAGCGGAUAAGAAUGGGGACCUAGACGAGGUUGAAAUCCAGGGCUCAGCAGCCUCGGCAAAAUGGGUUUCUGGCUGUUUGUACGAAGAUAAGACGAAAAUCUUUUCCUCUGACCUCGACACUGAACAUGCGGCGACCCCUAAUAUACUCCUGUUUUUGCUAGACAGUGAUGGGAACCUUUCUAUAUUUAGGCUCCCGAAUAUCACAGAACCACUGUGUCGUGUUGAUAACUUGAAUCUUUUGCCAUCAAAUCUACCCUACGAAUCUUCUUCAAGGCGGCCUGUGAAUCGAGAGACAUUAACUGAACUCUUAGUUGCGGAUCUUGGGGAUGCUAUUCACAAAUCUCCGUAUAUGAUAUUACGUACAAAGCACGAUGACUUAGUUUUGUAUGAACCAUACCGCAUCACAGGUGAAAAUGGGCGGUCCAAAUUGCAGUUCAUUAAAGCGGUAAACCACGUUGUUAUGGGUCCUCGAACCAACCAGCCCAUGAACAAAGAUAUCAACCGCAGUCCCUCUCCAAGCAAACUCCUACGAGCGUUAUCGGAUGUUUGUGGAUAUAAAACAGUGUUUAUGUCUGGGCAGAAUCCAUGCUUCAUACUUAAGUCUGCUAUCGCACGGCCGAAUGUCUUACGACUGCGUGGUAAGGCAGUUCAGAGCUUGACUGGAUUCCAUAUCGCCGCCUGCGAACGUGGGUUUGCAUAUGUUGACGAAGAUAAUGUCAUUCGAAUGUCGAGGUUACCCUCAAACACGCGAUUCGAUAGUGCUUGGGCAACGCGCAAGAUCCCACUCGGAGAACAAGUCGACUGUAUCGUGUAUUCGUCGGCGUCUGAAAGUUAUGUGAUUGGCACCAGUACAAAGGAAGACUUUAAACUUCCUGAAGAUGACGAGUCACAUACAGAGUGGCGGAACGAGUUUAUUACUUUCCUUCCACAGUUGGAUCGUGGGACUGUUAAACUUCUGGAGCCCAAAAACUGGUCUGCCAUUGAUAUUUACGAAGUUGAACCUGCAGAGCGCAUUACGUGUAUCAAAAUCAUUCGUCUUGAGAUCUCGGAAACAACCCAUGAGCGGAAAGAUAUGGUUGUAGUAGGCUCAGCCGUGGCUAAGGGCGAGGACAUUGUUCCCAAAGGAUGCAUCCGCGUUUUUGAGAUUAUUGACGUGGUUCCGGACCCCGACCACCCUGAAAAGAACAAGAAAUUAAAACUCUUUGCUAGAGAGGAAGUGAAGGGCGCCGUCACAGCUGUGUCAGGGAUAGGUGGGCAGGGAUUCUUGAUAGUUGCACAAGGUCAAAAAUGCAUGGUGCGUGGUCUAAAGGAGGACGGGAGCCUUUUACCCAUAGCCUUCAAGGAUACCCAGUGUUAUGUCAAUGUUCUCAAAGAGCUCAAAGGAACAGGAAUGUGUAUCAUUGGUGACGCAUUCAAGGGGUUAUGGUUUACCGGAUACUCGGAAGAGCCAUAUAAACUGGAUCUUUUCGGUAAAGAGAAUGAAAACUUGGCAGUCGUGGAUGCAGACUUCCUUCCGGACGGGAAUAAGUUAUACAUCUUAGUUGCUGACGAUGAUUGCAACCUCCAUGUUCUGCAGUACGACCCUGAAGACCCAAGUUCGUCUAAGGGUGACCGUCUGCUGCAUCGAAGCGUAUUCCACACGGGCCAUUUUGCAUCCACCAUGACUCUACUGCCCCAUGGAUCCCACACUCUCUCCUCACCCGUUGAUGAGGAUGCCAUGGACACAGAUUUACCGCCACCACCAUCAAAAUACCAAGUACUCAUAACCUUCCAAACAGGGUCUAUUGGAGUAAUCUCGCCUCUCAAUGAAGAUUCUUACCGUCGUCUACUAGCCUUGCAGUCACAAUUAGUUAACGCACUCGAACACCCUUGCGGCUUAAACCCGCGUGGUUACCGGGCCGUUGAGAGCGAUGGCAUGGGUGGACAACGUGGUAUGAUCGAUGGAAACCUGUUGCUCAGAUGGCUUGAUAUGGGAGCCCAGAGAAAGGCAGAGAUUGCAGGACGCGUUGGUGCGGAUGUUGGUGCUAUUCGGAUAGAUCUUGAGAAGCUCCAUGGUGGUCUGGCGUAUUUGUAA